CAUAUUCUAUUCAUUUGUUUAUUUAUUGUGACACAAUCAAUGAAACUGUGUCUUGCUAUGUGUAGGAAUAGCAAUAAUCAUUAGAUAUUAUAUAUAUAGAAUGGAUUUGUAUUAUCCUUGACAUAUAACAGAUAAUACUGGUGCUGUGCUAGAAUUACGCUUGUUAAUAUUAUGCCUUAAGACCUAAAAUGUAAUUAUUGCUAGCAAUCCUGCCUUAAUAGUGCUGUUCAGAAAAUAUUGUUUUAAGACUGAGCAGCAUGCAAGAUUUUUUACCACAAAAUACUUCAUAUACAACGUUUAAGCUAAAUGGCUUUCUGGCCUUGGGAGGAUGGAGACCCAUAUUAUCCAUACCAUAUUUCUUCAUGUUUUUACUGUCCACUACAUCAAACUCUAUUAUAAUUUAUUUAAUCGCAUCUCAGAAGAGUUUACAUUCUCCAAUGUAUGUUUUAAUAGGGUUUAUGAGUGUUGUUGACUUAUGUUGGCCAAUAUUUUUUGUGCCAAGUUUGUUGUUAAAUUUUUUAUUUGAGUGGAAUGAAAUUUCUCUAGUGAACUGUUUAAUACAAAUGUUUUGCAUUCAGAUUAUUGGUGGAUUCCAAUCUACUACACUGGUGUGGAUGGCACUAGAUCGGUUCUUUGCUAUAUGCAGACCACUUUAUUAUCACAAAUACAUGGAACUUCAGAGCUUUCUGAAGUUUAUUAUUGUGCCACUUAGCAGGAAUCUGUUAUUAAAUAUAAUAAUGAUCUCUUUGGCUGGAAAAUUGAAUUUCUGUGCAAUAAAUCAGAUAGAUCAUUGUUUUUGUGAGCAUAUGGGAUUGGUUCAGUUGGCAUGUGGAGAUACUUCUAUCAACAACUUAAUUGGCCUUGUAUCCACUUUUCUUAUACCAACAGGAGAUUUUAUUUUUAUUACUGCAUCAUAUAUAAUAAUCUUUGCUUCUGUCAUGAAAUCAGGAAAAGCCCACUUGAAGGCUAUCAAUACUUGUAUUACACAUAUUAUUGUCAUGACAGUUAAUUUAGCAUUUGCCUUGAUUGCUUUUAUGUCAUACAGAAUAAGAAAUAAUUUUCAUCCCAAUAUUCGUGUCUUUCUGAGUACUAUGUAUGUACUAUUCCCAAGCUGUUUCAAUCCAAUUAUUUAUGGAGUGAGAACAACUGAAAUAAGAAAACAGUUUUUUAAAUUGCUGAACAAUAUCAAAGUCUUACCUCAGUAA